UCAGCCCGCGCAGGCGCAGUAGCUUCUCUGUGCGCUCUACUGUUUGCAUUGUGUCUGAACUGCCGGCGAGCUUUAAAAAUAUUAUACCCACCGCGGCAAUGUCGGGCAGGUCAGUCCGAGCUGAGACCCGGAGCAGGGCGAAAGAUGACAUCAAAAGGGUCAUGGCCGCUAUUGAGAAAGUACGAAAAUGGGAGAAGAAAUGGGUGACGGUCGGAGACACGUCCCUUCGCAUCUACAAGUGGGUGCCAGUGACGGAGCCCAAAUCAGACGACAAGAACAAAAAUAAGAAGAAGGGUAAAGAUGAGAAAUACGGCUCAGAGUUGACGACUCCAGAGAACAGCUCGUCUCCGGGGAUGAUGGACAUGCACGAUGACAACAGCAACCAGAGCUCCAUCGCCGACUCGUCCCCGGUGAAACAGGAAAACAGUUGUAGCACCAGCCCGACCCCCGAGCCCGCCGCCACGUCUCACCGCGAGAGCAGCGAGGCCAAGACCGACCAGAGCCCGGACAGCAAGAGGGGUAAGACCACACCUUCAUCAGAGACCUCAGAGAGAGGACAAAGUGCCAAGAGAGACAGCCUGUCCUCGGGGGAGAAGGACUCCACAGACAGCAAAGCCACUCAGGACCUAGAGGAGGAGGCCCCGCCCAGCAAGAAAAGCAAAUCCGAGUCCUCGUCCCAGGACUUUGAAGAGAGUUAAAUGUUUGGGGCUGAGUCCUCCCUCUCCUCCUUCCUCUCCUCCUCCUCCCUCCAUUAACUCUAGAUGAUUUAGGGCUAAUGGAUGCACCGGCUCUCCUCUCACUACCCCACUUCCCCUUCUCAAUACCAAAGGGAGAAUGGACGUCUGUUCUCCCCCCCCGUUUCCCACCUCUGCCCUAACACUCCUCUGCCACAGAGGGAGAAUGGAUAUUACCUCUAUUCACUGGUCCCCUCCGUGCUUCCUUCCGGUUCUACACUUUUUUCACGAAUGCCAAGAGAAGCUCCGAACCCGGCCUGCAGUCCCUUCCAUGACCAGGGGCGGCGCCGUCAGCCGAGCCCCGCCACCGCCACCGCCACCUCCACCGCCACCCCCGCCCCCGCCCCCGCCCCCCCGCCAGGCCAGGCGACAAACACUGACCUGCAUCUGUGACUAAAAAGAGUUAACACUGGGGAUCUGAGAUUAGGACGAGGUUGAUCACCGGGCGCUGCUCUGAGACCGCUUUUUUAAAAAAACAAAACGUUUUACUGCUAAUGGUUUAGCCCAGAGAGGGUAACCUGGUCUCAGACCAGCGGCUGCGGGGGGGAACCUCCACCCUAAGAGCACGUCACUUCAAUCCUCCCGAUCCGCCUCCUGUUAGACUAAUGUUCGAUAUUUGUUUAGGAAAUGUUUAGGAUUUUUUCUCAGGAGGGUCAAUGCACUGUUAUGGUAUGUCACAAUCGAUCACAGAUAGAUUUGCUGCUGUAGUGAAGUCUUUUUUUCCUCUAUCCAUGAAAAGUUCUCCAUUCACUUUUUUUUUUUUUUUUUUUUUUUUUAAUUGUGUUAGUUUGUGGUUUUGUAGAAGAAGAAGAUGGUACUGCUCAAGACAAACUCUUGGAGAAGUAGUGAAGACGGCGUAGGUAGCGUAGAUCAUGAAGGUGUGCCUUGAGUUGCCACGAUUAAAUACACGUUUUAGGUCAAGCAGGUUUUGGAUUACAACUUUGGUGCCAUGUUAUUGUUUAUUUAUGCCUUAUAAUCAUCACUAAUUAGUCUGUUCCAAUAUGUAUACUGAACUACAACACUUUUUUUUUAUUUGAAGGAAUUGUUUGACAUUUUGGGAACUAUUUACUCUCUUAGCGAGAGUUGGAUGAGAGGAUGAAUCUGUAUGUUGACUGUGAAGCUGGAGCCAGGAGACGGUUAGCUUAAUUUAGCAUAGCAUAAAGACUAGAACCACUUAGCCUGGAACCCCCCCAUAAAACAGCUUCUAUUUGUUUUUAGACGGAUUAGAUUUCAUGUUUUAAUUAGUGAGCUUUAGAGGUUUUGGUAGGGCAAUUUAGCUCACUUAUUAACACGUUGCUUAGUUAGUGUAAAACAAAAAAAGACAAGUUGCGGCUUUUUUACACCGUUAUGUGCCGGAUUUUUUCUUGGACCAGAGCAACAUUAAAAAUGCUAAUUAGUGAGAACCGGCUUUGCAGUUUCCAGGCUUGAUGCUAAGCUAACUAUCACCUAGCAGCAGCUUCAUAUUUUCUGUACUGACAUGAAAAUGGUAUCAAGUUCUCCCCCACCAAAAUGUGGAACUGUCCCUUUAAAACUGGAAUUUGAACACUACCCAGAAGAACCUUAGUUUCAUCUUCUGAACAUUUUAACAUUUGCAAACCUCAUAAUUCAGAGUCUCCGGUCGCUGGUCUGGGUCGACUUCAGGGGGGAGUAUUUCUCUUUCUCCCUCCCUCGAAAGUAGAACCGGACCAGUUACAGGGACUGGUUUUCCUGUCAGGUCUGCCAUGACUUGUAUUUAAUCACUUCUCUUCUGUGUGUCACUACUUAUCUUUGGCGGAGGGGUCCCGUCCUCCAGCUGAAGCAUUGGUUCUAAUCCUCCUUCAAGGUGCUGUCUUUUGGCUAAAUCUAUACACGUGUGGCAUCAAGCUCUCGGUUUUUGUGCAGAUCUGUGCAAUUUACUUGAACUCUACAUAGUGCGGAUUCAGACCUGUGACCUCUAAUGUUCAACCUCACACACGUAAGAUUUAGUUUCAUUAAUAUUUACUCGUGAAUACGGAUUGGAAUCGAUUGAAACUCUGCAAACCAAUGACUUCAUGACGUAACAGGGGCUAUAAGAAUUACAUGAUCAGAUUUCAACAAAUCAACAUUCACAUGGAUGGAGAGAAAAGAAAUUAAAAAAAAAUACUUGUCUCAGUUUAGAGGAUGGAUUAGCAUAUACCUCAUUCCCAGUCCAGCAGCGCUGGAACUUAAAAUGCUAUUGUAUUGACAUUAACAGUUAUAAACAGCAUUAUGUACACUCAGUUUAAAAACAAAAGAUCUCACUUAUGUUGUAGCUUUCACCUGAUUGAGCCGAUUGCUUAUAGUUUGCUCAUAACUGUGUGUUUAAAAAAAGAAAA